AUGCAGAAACAAGCACCUCCUGGUGCAUAUCCUCCUGGAACCCAACUAACUGUCGGAUCGCAUGCUGUGACUAUCAAGUCGUAUAUUUCGGAAGGAGGAUUUGCCCAUGUCUACGUGGUGAAAAUCUCCCCCUCGACUUUAGAGGGAGAGAUCGCAUGUUUGAAGAGGGUAGUAGUUCCCGAUAAGAUUCAUCUCAACCUUCUUCGAGCAGAGGUAGAUGCUAUGAAGAGACUGAAAGGACAUCCUAAUAUUGUACGAUAUAUUGAUUCGCAUGCUGCUCGACUAAAUGCUCAGGGUGGUCUACCAGCAUCAGCCCAGGCUCAACUUCAAGCCCAGGGACAUGGCCAGGGAGGUAGUCAAGUAUACGAAGUGUUCCUAUUGAUGGAAUACUGCUCCGGCAAUGGACUUAUUGAUUUCAUGAAUACUCGUCUUAGAGAACAAUUAACUGAAUCGGAGAUUCUAAAGAUCACUAGUGAUGUUACCUAUGGAUUGGCUUGCAUGCAUUAUUUACAACCUCCGCUUAUUCAUCGUGAUUUAAAGAUUGAGAAUAUUCUCAUCUCUGGUGAUGGUACAUAUAAACUAUGUGAUUUUGGAUCUGUGUCUCCUAUUCUCCGACCACCACGAAACCCCGGUGAAUACCAUAUAUUAGAGCAAGACAUCCAACGUCACACGACUGCUCAGUAUAGAUCGCCCGAGAUGAUUGAUAUAUAUCGAGGACACCCUAUUGACGAGAAGAGCGAUAUCUGGGCCCUGGGCGUAUUCUUGUAUAAACUAUGCUACUAUACGACACCUUUUGAGCGAGAAGGUAGCCUUGCUAUUUUGCAUGCCAGCUUCAGUUUUCCUCCUAAACCAGUUUAUUCGGACCGAUUGAAAGGUGUUAUUAGUGCACUAUUAAGGGAGGAUCCGCGGGCAAGACCUAAUGUAUAUCAAGUGCUAAAAGAGAUUUGUGCAAUGAGGGGACUAGAGGUGCCAAUCAAAGAUAUUUAUUCUGGUGCAACCUCAACUGCUGCGACGAUGGUACAACCAACUACUUCUGUACAACUUGCUCAUCCUGCUCAGGACAACCAAAAUCAUAGCCUGUCCGCCUCACAGCAACAGCCAGAUAAUGUCUCAACUGCACAGGGCAUAGUGCGAAGUAUACCUAAAGAGCAGCAACAAAGACAGUGGGUCCCCGAAGUGACACCAAUGUUUCGUGGUCGUAUCACUGUUCAACAGAACAAUAGUAUGCCAUCGUUAGACAAAUUCGAUAAUGGAGACGAGAAUCACGAGAGCCGUGGUAGUUUUACAACUGGUCUUGCAUCUGCCGCUAAUUUUGAUGACGACCCGUUCUCAUCAUUGGACUCGUCAGCUAAGCAACAACGGGCCAAAACUCAACCUGUGACCCCGGUGCAUUCUUCCACUCCUCAAGAGUUUACAUUUGACGAAGCUGACAUUGAAAGUAGGUUUCCUUCCGUCGAGGACCUUGCUCGAGAGCUUGAAAGGACCCCUUUUGAGUUUGCUCAAGCUCACAAACCAAUCCAGCAGCAGACGAAUUUACAAGCUCGGACUCAGCCACAAGUCCAGAAACAGACCCAGACUGCACCACAGCCUCAGUUUAAACCGCAGAUGCAAUCGCAGCUACGAUCACAGCCAGAGGGGCAAGUAUCACAGGAAAUGCCUAGACAGGUGCAGUCUCAACAGGCGAUACCGCAACCAGCAACAAGACUAGAGCAAUCUACGACAUCUGUUUCUAGAUCGUCAAGGGAUUCAACUCCUGGAGAACCGCUGAAAACGAAACCACCUCCCACAAUGAGAAAACCUGGAACUACAGGGACCCCUUCUGGAUAUUCCGCAUACCCGUUAAAGUCAGCAUCGCCACCUAUGCCAGCACCGAAGAAGCUGUCACAAACUUCUCAACCGAAACCGGAAAAGCCUGCCUUAAACACAAUGCCGUCAGGGCUAUCUAUUAACAUCUCAUCGGCAUCAUCAGGAUCCGAUUCGGAGCCAACCCCCUCUGAAAGUUACUCAAAACCAUUGCCAAGGCCCCCUCCUCACCAAAUUAGGCCACGACCCCUCAGCAUGUACUCACAGAGCAAUACAGAUGCAUAUUUUGAAGCUAGUUAUAACAGCGUAAAUCAGUCUCCAAGUCCUGUUAUUGACCAAUCACAGAAAUUCAGCUACCUACCAGAAGAUAGCAAUGCUAUUGCAAACACAGGUAAUGCUAACCAUACUGGAUCACUUAUUGAUACAAUGCCUCCAGAAGACCGAGAGCAGCUGAAAGUGAUACUGACUGGCCUGUCACAAAGGUCUAAUACUGUGGUUUUGGACAACAGUGAGAACCAUAUUGACUCUAAUGUAGACUUUCUGAAAGCUCUUGAUAAUGAGAAUACUGGAUCAAGACCACAUCACCACCGCAAACCCAGUCAAUCUCAGUAUUUGUAUCCAUCGGGUACUGGUGAUGGAUCAGGAGGGGUUGGUAAUGGUGGCAGUACAGGCGGUAGUGGUUGGAUGAAUCGGUCAAGCUCGACCUCUCGAAGGUCAGGAUCUACUUCCCGUCAUAGUAAAAAGCCCAGUAUGACUUCACUAAAAGGUAAAAUUGGAGAUGCCUUCAAGAAAUUUGACAAUGCUGCAGGAGCGUAUAGAUCCACCUCAGAUUCGUCCAUGAUGGGCCCACCUGUUGCUGCUCCUCGUACAGUAUCUGCUGGUAGCAACCCUGGAGGGUAUAGGUCGUCGAGUCGCAUGUCGUACACUGCUGAAUCACCAGGUGACUAUGCAUUUUCCCCCAAGAAGGAAGAUGAUGAAUUUAAGUAUCCCGUAUCAUCAUCCACUUCGGUCAAACAUGGUCCUCCACAUGUUCAUAUGCACCGUUCGAAGUCGAGAAACAACGGCUCGAGCAGUAUUCAAAGUCGAGUACAGCAGUUCCUAAGUCGGUCCGAAUCGCCUCCUAAGAAGACUGCCUCGGGCUAUGGCAAAUAUACUGAGGAAGAACGACAGGUAUCAUCGUCAACUCAUUCACCCUCGCCGCCAAACGAUACCUCAUCAAUGCCCCCACCACCUCCGUCUAAACAAUACGCGGCCCAAAAACUCGGAAGAGAGGUACACCGCGAGAUCAAGCGCGCUUCUAUGGAGUCAACUCGUGACUGGAUAAAUAGUGAUGGCUCGGGACGCCGGAAUUCUAAGAUGCAUCUUCCGGGAAGAACAGACUCUCAGCAUUCCCGCAAACUGUCGAAUAUUAGUUCAGAAUCCUCGGGCAGCAAUAGUGGCAGUAAGAGACCACCUGUUAGGCCCAAAAAACCAGCACAUCUUCAGUCACCACGUCGCACCGUCGACAAAGUACAGAAAGCCAUUGAUGAUGAUUGGGAAGCAAGUUUCAAUCAGAAAUAUCCCAGUCUGGGAUAA